CAAGCCCCAUCGUUCAGUUGGCCUGUCAACCUCCCGCUUCAACUCCAGGGCUGUUACAGCACCGAGCCUUGCUGCCCCGUCUUUCGUUGCGCUGCGCUGUUCCCACCUCCACGAUCGUUCUUCCUGUGGCUCGUUCGCUGUUGCCCCAGAACACAAUCGCUGAAACACCUGGGCUCCUUGCACCUGCCUGCCGGACACCCGCAUCCACCCCCGUGCCUAUCGCCCCCACAGCAACAGCAUCAACACCACAGCGGCCAGUCUCCACCCACUCGCUCACAUAGCAACAGCAGCGCCUUUAUAUCCCUUAUACGGGAGAGCGGCUCCUAUUGUGCCGUAUUCUUUUUUCCGGCCCUUGCUGGCCUAACUCACCUGAGCUGUGUCACAGCGAGCGAGAUUGCAUUCCUCGACAAUGUCUCUGCCGCAGCGACCAGACAGCUCUCGGAGGGAGCACCGUCGUCGCCGGCCUUCUGACACCGAAAACACGCGCUCGCACGAUCGUACACACAGCCAUAGCAAGAGUGGCGCCCACUCGCACGCUCGAUCGCUCCCUGCGCCAGGCACACCCGUGCCCAUGGAGCGAGAUCCCAUCAUGCGCAGCCAGCAAUCGACGCCUGCGCAUGAACUGGGCAGGAAGCGCAGUCUGAUUCGCCCAGAGCGCCGGCGAAACGACCCCAACGACCCUAACUACCACUACCGCAAACAUGCGCAGAGGAUGAACGUCCAGCCCUCGACCACUGGCAACGACCCUAUCAUGGAAGAUGCCAUGGAGGCCGAGACAGUCAGCUCUGACAGCACCGACCUGAAGCCGCCACACAUGCGCAAUGCUUCUGGAGGCGGCUACAACGACAAACAGGCACCAUUGGAUGAUGAGUCGCCGCGUGCAGCGCGCAGAUUGACAAGGAGCAAGACAAUGGAGAAUCUGGAGAAGCAGCGUCAGAAAGAGAAGGACAAGAUGAGGCCUCCGAGUCUAUGGAACGUUUACUGCGCCAUCAUUACGUUCUGGUGUCCGGAUGCAGUUCUGAAGUGUUUCGGCAAGCCGCAGAAGGCGCAGCAGCGUGCUUGGAGAGAGAAGGUUGGGUUGGUCAGCAUCAUCUUGCUGAUCUGUACAUUUGUCGGUUACCUUACGUUCGGUUUCACUGAGACCGUCUGCCCUUCCAGUGGCAAUGUUCGCCUUCAAAGCAACAAGGUCGGUGGGGGAUACAUGAUUUUCCACGGCAGAGCAUACGAUCUGGCCCAUUCUACUCACCCUCUUGCACGAGGCGUCCCUGCAGGCGCCAACAUUCUUUUCGAUCUUCCCGAGAAGCACGGUGGACAAGACGGCAGUUUCCUCUUUCAGAACGUCAACGGUGCUUGUAAGGGGCUUAUCACACCUAAGGCCAACUCGGGUAUCCCCGAAACAAACGGAAAUCUGGGAUGGUACUUCCCCUGCCGUACUUUCAACCAGGAUGGCUCCAGCAAGCCCAACACAACUUUCCUCGAGUACAAUGGCUACCAGUGUCAUACCUCGGACAACGCUCGCAAGGCCUUCUACGGGCUUAGGAAUGCCGGAGAUGUAUACUUCACAUGGGACGAUAUUCACAACAGCUCCCGCAACCUGAUGGUAUGGGGUGGAGAUGUCUUGGAUCUGAACCUGCUCGAUUGGUUCAAUACUACCCAGGUGGAUGUUCCAAGCAUUUUCAACGAGAUCAAGAACAACCCGGCAGUACGAGGUGUCGAUGUUACCCGUGCGUACUCCUCCAGCUACGAGAAGCAGGUAGCACGCUGCUUCACUGAGAUCAUCAAGGUCGGCUCCAUCGAUACCGAGAGCAUUGGCUGCAUUGCUUCCAAGGUCGUCCUCUAUGUUUCGCUCGUCUUCAUUCUAGCUGUCGUCAUGGCCAAGUUCGUUCUUGCUCUGGCCUUCCAAUGGUUUCUCAGCAGGAAGUUUGGUGCUGACAAGACCUCCACCGGCAAAGCAGACUCAAAGCAAAGGAAGCAGCAGAUCGAGGAAUGGAGUGACGACAUUUACCGCCCACCACCACGCCUUGCUGACCCUGCUGCCGGACCUGAUCGUUCGAGCAAGCGUGGUAGCACCUUCUUGCCAUCCACAUCUAGGUUCACCAGCCCCUACGCCAUGGAGAAAUCAGCCAAGACCCGAGCACCGCCAACGACCAUGACAAGCCAGAGUACAGCAUCCCGCCUGCUUUCUUCCAACAACGGCAUGUACAGACAACUGAAUGCCAGCCAAGGCACUCUUCCGACAACAUACUUCGAGGGCAAGAACCAGGGCCAGUCACGAUCGAGCUUGCUUCUUUCGGGAUCUACUGAGAACCGCUACUCCAGUGUUAUAGGUGAAGAGGGACCUGGUCCGUCUGGGUUCAUUCAUGAAGCUGUUGUGCCUCAACCUCCUCCCGAAUGGCAGCCUUUCGGCUAUCCUCUGGCUCACUCCAUCUGUUUGGUUACCGCAUACUCUGAGGGUGCGGAAGGCCUGCGUACUACGCUGGACUCCAUUGCCACUACCGACUACCCGAACAGUCACAAGCUGAUUCUCGUUAUUUGUGACGGCAUGAUCAAAGGUCAAGGUGAAGACCUGACUACACCUGAGAUCUGCUUGGGCAUGAUGAAGGACCACGCAGUUCUGCCUCACGAAGUUCAAGCGUUCUCUUAUGUUGCAGUCGCCAGCGGUUCGAAGCGACACAACAUGGCCAAGAUCUACUCAGGUUUCUACGACUACGGUGAAGAUUCUCGUAUUGCCUCGGACAAGCAGCAACGUGUUCCAAUGAUGGUCGUUGUCAAGUGCGGUACCCCUGAUGAGGCCACGAAAUCAAAGGCUGGUAACCGUGGAAAGCGUGACAGUCAGAUCAUUCUGAUGUCGUUCUUGCAGAAGGUCAUGUUUGACGAGCGUAUGACGGAGCUUGAGUUCGAGAUGUUCAACGGUAUCUGGAAGAUUACUGGUAUUUCGCCAGACUUCUACGAGAUAGUACUCAUGGUAGACGCCGACACCAAGGUGUUCCCAGACAGUUUGACUCACAUGAUUUCCGCCAUGGUCAAAGAUCCAGAGAUUAUGGGUCUCUGUGGUGAGACAAAGAUUGCUAAUAAGCGGGAUUCGUGGGUUUCGAUGAUCCAGGUAUUUGAAUACUUCAUCUCGCAUCACUUGGCCAAGUCUUUCGAAUCGGUAUUCGGCGGUGUCACUUGUCUUCCUGGAUGUUUCUGCAUGUACCGCAUAAAGGCUCCUAAAGGUGGCCAGAACUACUGGGUCCCGAUCCUGGCCAACCCAGACGUUGUCGAGCACUAUUCGGAGAACGUGGUCGACACGUUGCACAAGAAGAAUCUGCUACUGUUGGGUGAGGAUCGAUACCUCUCAACACUGAUGCUCAAGACGUUCCCCAAGCGCAAGCAAGUUUUCGUCCCUCAAGCCGUCUGCAAAACCACUGUACCAGACGAGUUCAAAGUCCUACUGUCACAACGUAGGCGAUGGAUUAAUAGUACAGUCCACAACCUGAUGGAGCUGGUACUAGUGCGAGAUCUGUGUGGCACCUUCUGCUUCAGCAUGCAGUUUGUUGUGUUCAUCGAGCUGAUUGGAACAUUGGUUUUACCGGCCGCCAUCGCUUUUACCUUCUACCUAAUUGCCAUCGCCAUCAAAGCAGCUGUCCUACACACAGAGGCGCCUGUCAUCCCUCUUAUUCUUCUUGCGCUCAUCUUGGGUCUGCCAGCGAUUCUCAUCGUUGUAACGGCCCACCGCUGGUCUUACGUUGCCUGGAUGUUUGUUUACCUGCUGUCACUCCCCGUCUGGAACUUCGUGCUCCCUACGUACGCGUUCUGGAAGUUUGAUGACUUCAGCUGGGGCGAUACACGGAAGACAUCAGGCGAGAAGACGAAGAAGGCGGGCCUGGAGUAUGAGGGUGAAUUCGACAGCAGCAAGAUUACGAUGCGGAGAUGGCACGACUUUGAAGCAGAGCGGAGACUUAAGACACCCGGCGGCGGGUGGUCACAGACGACGACAUCGGCUGGGGGAUGGCCGCAGCAGCAGCAAGGAUAUGAGCCGUACUAUGAUAACUGAUUUUCGCAUUGUGGCGUCGUUUAGGAAGGGAAGCCGUCCUGUCGUUUGCGCGGCGGACUAAAAGACUGCCUAUUGUACGACGUUUCUUCUUACUGCAUUGCUAGGAUGCUCGGGUGUAUUCUCACGCCAUUUUACUCGCUUGUAUGGGUACUGUAGAUGUUGGAACGGGCCGGUACAGAGGCCAUUUAGACUAAUUGUAGCAUUAAUUCACUCAUCCAG